UUGACACCCAUUCAUAUUUUUCGAUCUCAUAGGUCCCAUGAGCUCUACCGGAAGAGGCGUGACUUCGCCACUCUAUGGGCAGCUAUUGUUUUGACGUCAACUCGGAGGCUCGGGUUCCUCUACUUCCGUAGAGGAAGUUCCGAGGGAAAUCCACAGAGUGUUCAAGGCGAUUUCCUCCGAUCUGAAGGUCCCAACCUCCGAAAUUCCCAGGAACUCCGACUGUUUGAAGGCACCAAUACUAGAGUGGCGAAGUCACGCCCCUUCCGGUGGUCCCCACGGGACCUAUGAGAUCGAAAAAUGUGAAUGGGUUUCAAUGGAGAGAAAGUAAUUACUUUCUGGUCCCAGUCUUUAUAUGCCCCGGAUUACACAUAUGUUGUUUGUUCUCUGCCGGGAAAGCCUAUGUUGCCAGAAUGGGCGGGUAAUCUGCCCUAAUCUGGCAACACUGGCGGAGGUGUCACUAAAACGAUCCUAAGCAGUUGUAUUUCAUCAGCAGGUUCUGUAUAUAGAUCACAAGUUCCGAGUAUGUUUAUCUUUUCUUGAUAUCUAAUUUGAACAUUUAUGGUCUAAAUCGUUGAUUGAUUGCAGUAUUGGAAAUCUGCAAGGCUGCAAUUCCCCUAUUUGGCCGCUGUUCGUCGCUAUUUUGUCGGCCUCUUUGCCAUGGCAGUCACGUGACUGCAAAGUAUAUAAACUCCCCCACGAUUCGUGCCAGUUGCAGUGUUCCCUCUGAGAAUCAGGUCCUGCAAUUUUUGUCAUCCAAACCAACCCAAACAACCCUUUUUCUAAAACCUCGACCCAAAGGCACUUUUAAGAGCCACAUCUGUCUUGUCAACCUGUCCUUGCAGUGUUGUACUUGUAAGCGUCUGUCUGUCUCUCUCUCUCUCGCUCUCUGUUGCCUGUCACCUGUGUCUGUCUGUCUGUCUGUCUGUCUGUCCCCUUCAUCAUGAGUGAUUCAGAACUCCAGAAUCUGUUUUCGAGGGUGGAUAACAUGGCUGUUCAGCAAGAGGUCAAUGAUGUCCUCCAAGGGGUUGAUGACUUGAUUGCUGUGGUGCAGGAUGAGCAAGCAGCAGCACCGCCAACCAUGAGGUGGAAGAAGAGAACCAGUGACGGGAACUUAAUUCAUGCAAGACCACGAUCAGCUAGGAAUCAGUCCAAUCAGGUUACAGCUGGUAACAGCAGUGGACUUCAACAGCAGAAGACUCAUCCCAACAAAAAUGCUCCUGACUCAAACUCUGAGGUGGUCUUUGCUCCUGAUAACGUUGAUGGAUUUCUACGAGAUCUCCAGCAAUCAUUGAGCGAUGCAACAGGAGAUGGGGUGGAAUCACCAACCCCACAAGCCUCUCUUUCUGCUUCAUUAAACUGGAGCACAAGAAAGAGCAAUUCUUCGGAGAGCUGGAAGGCAGCGAGACCUCGUCUGGUUAACACCGCACUGGCACAAGAAAAUGUGGGAACCCGAAAGUGCCAACAGUGUUGGAGCAAUUUAGCUGUUGUUCGUUGUCGUGAUUGUCUACCACGGCCCUUAUUCUGUGCGGAGUGCGACGUCGUCAUGCACACCAGACACCCCCUUCACAACCGAGAUGCCAGUACUUUGGGAUUUUUCCAGCCAUUGCCCCCAACAACUACUGUACAGAAUAUGGACCUUUGCCAGUGUGUGCGGUAUGUACCUGUGGAGAUCCCUCGCCAAAUCUGUGGUUGUCCAACAGAGGCACUGAGGCUCAAACCAGGAAAAGCUGUGGCUGUGAUCACAAUGAAUGGGAGACAUGAGCUCAGCAUGCCUGAGUUGGCAUGUGAAGCGUGCAAAGCCACAUGGACUGCUGGUGUUGACGGCAUUCUUCACAGCGACUACUGGCCAGCUACCCUGAACUUUGCCACCAUUUAUGGAACUGAUGUUUUUGCUUCAUUUGAAGAAAUGAAAAUGGCAGCACCUGGAUUGUCCUGUCAGGCAUUUUUAAAAAUGUUGGAUCAGAGAACUGUCCGCUUUGGCCGUACUGGGAAGAUCUCAGCUGACACCUUCGCCAAAAGCUUUUUUGAGUGGGAGGCUGUCCAAUAUGAGAUGGACAACAUAUGCAAGGAGGAGCCAUUCACCUGUCCUGCCUGCAGCCCGGAUAUGCUUGCGGUUUCCGUGGAUGGUAACCGCAAGCAUUACCGCUUCAAGAAUGCAUCUAGUGCUGAGGAACAGGCCAUAUUUGAUGGCGUCUUCAUCGCGAAGGAUGACGACGUCGCAAAAUUUGUGAACUACAUUCACACCACAACCAAGCAUGUGCCCGGAAGAGGCGUUUGUGGGGGGGAAUGGUCGGCGGCUCGAGAGACCUCCAAAAAAUCUGCCAGCAAGCUGGAUGAAGAGGGACUGGAGCUUGCUGUGUGUCGGCAUGGGCUGCUCCUAUGUGCCCUCAAUAUGUUCAGGGGAGAGAUCUUUGCAUAUCCCCUGUACAUACAACGAAAGCUGGCCAACCUCACGCCGACCUUUUAUUGCAUGGAUGUCACAUGUAAAUACUGGCCCUACCUCAACAAGGUUGCAAGAAGCUGCCCAGAGCUCCAGCAUCUGCUCAGCAUGAAGCCCUUCCUUUCAGUGUUCCAUGCCAAAGCCCACGAUUACAAAUGUGACGUAAAAUGGAGUGGUGCCUAUCAAGAGGGGGCUGGAUUGACACUAGGGGAGGAGGUAGAGCAGGUCAAUGCCUUCCUCUCUCGGAUAGCAGUGACCACCAAACACAUGUCCAAAGCAGGACGCACAGACAUGCUCACCCUCUUGGCCAUGCGCUGGAAUCAGCAAAAGACUGACAACUUGGCCACCUCACUGUCCCGCAGAUAUCUGAGGACCACAAAAGCUCUGGAUGCCCAAAAGCGGAACAUGGAGUCCAUGAAGACCGAAUUGGACGUCACAGAGAACCAGAUGGAGGACUGGGUCAGUGACGUGAAGGAUUGGGCAGACGCAACAACCAUCAACACGACUGAUGUUGCCGCCUUGGCCAGCAGGGUCGAGGUGCUGGUUGCCAGUAUUAAGAGACGGUCGCAGCGUCUCUACAAAGACUGCGACAGCAACAAAGGUCGUGCCAGGAUCCGCCGCAAGAUCCGGGACGAGAGGGGGUUCCUGAGUUCUGUGGUGGAGAAGUACAACGGAAUGGUUCCCACAACAGAGACUCUGUGCUUUGAAAACAUUCUGUCUGGAGAGACGGCUUGGCCAUGGCAGCUACCACACAGUGACUCUGUUGACCUUCGGACCAAGAGGAGAGCAUUUGACCUGGUCAUGGCAGGGAAAAGAAUCCAGGAGGAGAAAAUGAUUCUUCAGAGGGAGAUGAAUCAGCACUGGAGGUCUCUGGGGAAUCGUGCUGACUCCCUAAAAGAGCUGUCCUGCCUUGUUUCAAGGGCUACAACAGAACAUUCACCUUGGGGCCUUACUGAGGAAGGGUUGACUGGUCUACAGUGCAUGAUCAAAAAGAAACGGCACUUCAUCACAAAAAUGAUGGCUAACGCGAGACACUGCUACCUACAAGUGUUGACUGCAGCAGAGGGGGCACAGAUGAUCAACUCCCAGGACACUUCUGAUGACUACUCGGACAAUGACUCUGACAUUUCGGAUGAUGCAUUUUAAACAAUGGCUAUGCUUUGAUUAUUUACCAAAUUAUUUUUAAUUGAUUUCAUACUCUAUUUAACUGCCUUUUAAAACCUUUGUGAAAUAACUAAUAAAUGUGUUUUUGCCUAAAUGU